UUGCAGCAAAAUCUAACCAUCGAAGGUCUCCUGCGCCAUUCCCACAAGCUUCAAAAGAUUGCUGACAAGAACCACCACACUAGAGUAUUUGGUUCUGGUGGGCAUAAUGACACAUUGAGCUAUAUUGCUUCAUCCGUACUGGAGCAAGGUUACCACACCUGGUUAGAACCCAUGGUACUGAAUUUUACUCAGACUCUACAUCAAUCGGCCUCAGUCAUCUUCCCUCCUACACCUGAACCUAUUUUGAAUGUGCGUCUGAUGACCUUCACAACAAGCACCCCUGUGAGCGGUGCAACCGGCUCACUUGUGCGCAUCGGGGGCCUGGCGUGCGAUGAGAUUGACCAGGAUCUGGGGGGUAAGAUUGCACUUGUGCAGCGUGGCGAGUGUACAUUUGGAGCAAAGGCAUACUGGGCCGGACAGGCAGGUGCUUCUGCUCUGUUGAUCUACAACACCGAGCCAGGAUCCCUCUCAGGUACGCUGGGACAAGAUUACGAAUCCGGUGCUCCCACGGGUGGUAUUUCACGCGAAGAUGGCGAGCGCCUGAUCCGUCUGCUCGACGAGCCCUGGCACCCCGAUGUUGUACUCACCGUCCGACUGGUCGAGAAGCGUGAGGCACGGCUGACCUACAAUGUGAUUGCUGAAACCAAAGGCGGUGACAAGUCCAAUAUCAUCGUGAUAGGAGCCCAUUCGGAUAGUGUGGCUGCCGGUCCAGGCAUCAAUGACAAUGGAAGUGGUACAGCAGCCUUGCUCGAAUUAGCAUACCUUUUCCGCAACGAGAAACCUGUCAAUGCUGUCAGAUUCUGCUGGUGGACUGCCGAAGAAUACGGUCUGCUGGGUGCAAAGCAUCACGUAGACAAUCUAACCAAAGAGGAACAAAAGGACAUUGCUCUCUAUCUCAACUUUGAUAUGAUCGGUAGCCCCAACUACUACAAUGGCAUUUACGAUGGUGAUGGUUCCGACAGUCCCAUGGCUGGUCCACCUGGUUCUGCUGCAAUUGAGAAACUAUUCCAGGACUUUUUUGAAAGCAAAGAUGAAGCGCACGAUCCCUCCGAGUUUGAUGGCCGAAGUGACUAUGGGCCUUUUGCUGCUGGUAUUCCUUCUGGUGGUCUAUUUACAGGUGCAGAAGUACCCAAGACAGAAGAGCAAGCAAAGAAGUAUGGAGGUGAGGCUGGUGUAGCAUACGAUUCGUGUUAUCAUGAAUCAUGCGAUGACAUCAACAACCUCAACCAUCACGCCUUUUUGCUCCACGCCCGAGGACUUGCUCACGCCCUGGCAGUUUAUUCUCAGUCAACUGAAUCGAUU